GUGUGAUGUGGAUAUGUUUGUGUGCGGUGUCCUCUUUCCUCAUGCGCAACAAGCGGGCAUGACCAGAGAUUAAUUAUUCAAGGACUGCCAGCAAAGGGGGAAGUCACCUGAUAGCAUGGACUUAUAAUAUUACAAACAGAUAUCAGGUGAAACGCUAGACCUUGCUUCAUCUUCAUCCUUCCUCACGCUGCUCUAUUUUUUGAUGCUGCUGUACCUGAAGACCUGAAAGAGAACUUUUACACAUAUACACUGCCUGCCAGGAGACCAUAUUUUUUUCCUAUUUUGGUGUUUUUCUUUCCUCUGUUAACAGAUUUUCAGUUUUUUCCUUUUUUGCCAAUGCUUGUCCCCAACAAAGUGAGUCUCGGACGCUCCCACAGCUGGGACACGUUAGGAGGGAAUGAGGGUCAGUGGGAGAGGGCUGACAGCGUGUAUGAACAGCAGGCAAGAUUAGCAGGCCGGCGGAGCUCUCUGUCAUAUGCGGAGGGAGGAGGGUGGUAUGAGCCACCACCCGGGGUGCGUCUUCCUGACCUGGAUUUGAAACGCGACCCGUAUUCCUACCAAGAUUCUCUUUACGGACAGGUUUACACAGAGAGACACGACCCACGGGGGCUGAGGAAGGGCUCUGUGCCGGAUCUCAACCACUACGAGCGAGUGCCCAUGGCUCACCGAGGCUCCAUUCCACAUCAGGAUUACUACUCCCAUGACCCAGCCAUGACUCCUCGGACACCUGAGGCCUUUUACCGGUCAGAGCAUCAGCCUCCGCCACCUCACCCUCAUCCUCAUCCACUCAGCAGGUCAGGCUCUCAUUUGGGGAUGACUCCUGGGGCUCGUGCUGCAUGGGAUCAAGGUCAGGCAGUGAGGGCAGGACCUCAAGCACCCUCAUCUCCUCUGCCUCCUCCCCCUCCGCCAACCACUCAUGAAUUGAAUAGGGCAUAUAGGGACCCUGGUGCUAUAACUUCUGCCAAGAUACCCCCUCGAGACCCCCCUCCUGCUCAUUAUGGAAUGGACCACCCAUCUCCUCGGUAUGCCAGUGAGCCUCCACCUCUGACAGGUCAGUCUGUUUAUACUGAUGCUAAUGGUCGUCCCCUUGAUCCGCAGCAGCAGGCUGCUACCUGUCUAGUGGUAGAUCCUGCCAGUCAAAGCAUGAUUAUGAGGCAAGAGACAGCCUCGCCAUUAACCAUCCAGCAACAGCAUCAAUUGCAACAUCAGCAACAAAUACAGCAGCAACAGUUACAACAGCAACAACUUCAGCAGCAGCAGUUACAGCAGCAACAAAUACAACAGCAGCAGCUUCAACAACAGCAAUUACAGCAACAGCAACUCCAACAACAGCAAAUUCAGCAACAGCAGUUACAGCAGCAACAGUUACAGCAACAGCAUCUUCAGCAAGAACAGUUGCAGCAACAACAUCUGCAACAGCAACAACCACAACCCCUGCCACCUCCACCUACCAUGCCAGUCUCUGACCCUAACCUUUCUUUGACAGCCCCACUUCCUGCGCCGCCCGCUCCCGUGCAAACUGCAGUGGUUGCUCCAGCUGCACCUCCACCUCUGCAAGUGGGUCCAACUCCAGUCCCUCCUCCCCCAGCUACUCCACUCCCUGUCCCUCUACCUGCUCCUCCCACAAUUGCCCCGCAGACGCCUUUGCCCGUGGACCCCAAGAAGACGGCCGAUCCUGAGUUUCUUUCUCUGUUGCGAAAUGAGGGCCUCUCUGAGAGCACCAUCUCCUCACUUAUCCAGCAGGGGUUUGACUCCACUAACAUGCUGGCUGUCAUGGAGGAGAAUGAUGUCCGGACAGUCGCCCCAAACCUCGGUCAGGCUCGUGUGCUGUCUCGCCUGGUCCACAAUUGCAAGCGCCCAGUAGAAGCUACGCUGGCCCCCUCCCAACCUCAGACGCCUAUGCGAGGUCGCUCUAAUAGCUUCAGCCAUCGCUCGGACAUCUACCAACCACAGCACCACCAUCAUCAUCUACCACACACUCCACAAGCUUUAGCCAUGGAUCCUCAACUAAUGCCCCCACCAACACCUGGGGCCAUGCAUACUAUAUCUCCACGGAUGGGAGAAGUAAUUGGUCGGAGGCCCAGCAGUGCUCCCUCUCAGCAGUUACUGGAAGCCUCUGGAGGCUACCCAGGCCAACCCCCUCGUUCCCCAGGGCCAUAUUCUGGAGCCCUCCUGCCUGUUCACUCAAGACCCAUGUCAGCCUACUCUUCUGGGGGGACAAUACCAGGGGUGCCUAUGUCGGGUAUGCAGAUAAUGCCACAGCAGAUGACUGGGUCAAUGCCUGCCAUUCCAGGGUCUGUUCAUUCCAUGCCAGGUAUGCCACAGCAGAUGCCUGUAUCUUUACCUGCUUUACCACAGCCACCGCAACAGGUACCAAAAGCAUACUCUACCAACUACACAGUGCCCAUGGAGCUGAUGAAGAGGGACAGAAACUUAGUGCCAUUGUCACCCAUGCACAGCCCUCACCCUAGUCCUCAGCUGAUCCGAAAGGGUGUGGGACCAGCAUCAGAGAAUGCCCUUGUUCCUGUGGGAGCAUCCGUUCAAGGCCAAGGUGCCCUGGUUGCUAACCAGAAACUAAGUCGACGCACAGGUCCACCAGUCAUCGUGUCUACUAUGGCAUCUCCAGAUACAAGUAUUCGGCCCCAGAUUAUGAAUGGGCCUAUGCACCCGCGCCCCCUGGUGGCGCUACUGGAUGGGCGCGACUGUACUGUGGAGAUGCCCAUCCUCAAAGAUCUGGCCACUGUGGCGUUCUGUGACGCUCAGUCCACGCAGGAGAUACAUGAAAAGGUGCUGAAUGAGGCCGUAGGGGCCAUGAUGUACCACACCAUCACCCUAACCAGAGAGGACUUGGAGAAGUUCAAGGCACUGCGCAUCAUCAUCCGUAUCGGCAGCGGCUACGACAACAUCGACAUCAAGGCUGCCGGGGAGCUCGGCAUUGCAGUGUGUAAUAUUCCCUCAGCGGCUGUAGAAGAAACAGCAGACUCAACACUUUGUCACAUCCUUAACCUGUACCGACGAAACACCUGGCUGUACCAGGCUCUCCGGGAGGGCACGCGGGUCCAGAGCGUGGAGCAGAUCCGGGAGGUGGCGUCUGGAGCAGCCAGAAUCCGAGGAGAGACGCUGGGCUUGAUCGGAUUUGGUCGAUCAGGCCAGGCAGUGGCCAUGCGGGCCAAAGCGUUUGGCUUCAACGUGAUCUUCUAUGACCCCUACCUCCAGGACGGCUUGGAGCGCUCGCUGGGCGUCCAGCGGGUCUACACCCUCCAGGACCUGCUCUAUCAGAGCGACUGCGUCUCUCUGCACUGCAACCUGAACGAACACAACCACCACCUCAUCAAUGACUUCACCAUUAAACAGAUGCGUCAAGGUGCUUUCUUGGUCAACUGUGCACGUGGGGGUCUAGUGGAUGAGAAAGCUUUGGCUCAGGCCCUGAAAGAAGGAAGGAUACGGGGCGCCGCCUUGGACGUCCAUGAAUCAGAACCUUUCAGUUUUUCCCAAGGUCCUCUAAAAGAUGCCCCCAACUUGAUCUGCACACCCCACACUGCCUGGUACAGCGAGCAGGCAUCGCUGGAGAUGAGAGAGGCCGCUGCCACAGAAAUUCGCAGAGCCAUAACCGGCCGUAUUCCUGACAGCCUCCGAAACUGCGUCAACAAAGAGUUCUUUGUUACUACGGCGCCCUGGGGAAUGAUGGAGCAGCAGCAGCCUCAAGUUCACCCUGAGAUCAACGGUGCCGCCUACAGCCGAGUGAACCAAACCAUGGUACAGGCCAUAGCAACGGGGGGAAUGCAGGACAAAUUAUAUACCUAAUUCCCAACCAGAUUUCCUCCUGGCAUGGUGGGCGUCGCCCCCGGUGGGAUUCCCGGACCCAUGGAGGGGUUGGUUCCUGGGGGAGUCCCCAUCGCCCACACCCUGCCCCCUGGCACCCAUCCGUCACAGGCCACCUCCCCCAACCAGCCCUCCAAACACGGCGAUCCCAUGAGAGAGCACAUGACUGAGCCGUAGGACUGCUGCUGCUGUAGCCGAGCAGAGGAGGAACUAAAAAUUGAUGUAAACUAAAAACCCAGCGACCAACCAACUCAGCCAUCCAACUGUACGUACGCUUGACUUCAGCCAUCCGAACCUACCAGCAGACUGCCUGCCGGGCAACGUUUCACACUUUUUCUUUUUUUCUUUCUUUUUUUUGUGAAACCACUAAGUGAGGACAGUGGACGUUAUACACACAUGAGCUGCCACACGGAUCUGAAAUCUCUCCUCGCUCCAUAUCUUUCUUCGUUCCUCCUCAAUUUACGUGAUUUUCUUGUUUUAGCAUAUUUUAGGGAGAUUUCCUCCUGACUCCUGGGACACGUUGACAGUAGCCACGUGCAGGAUGGAAAUCCAACCCCACCCUCCCUGGUUUAAGAGGCGAGCUCAACAGGAUGACUCUCUUCCCUUCCUUCUCACCCAUUUCAGCACAAACAUACCCUGUGUUUUGAUUUUUUUUCUUACUUUCUUCUGUUUAUCCUAUAUUACUGUGUUUCUGUUCUUCAGUGUGUGAAAAUGAACAGAUUUACAGUUAGCAGACAAGAAAAGGAAAAAAAAUAGCUGGACUCCAACUUUGCUGGCUGGAGGCUGCCUGAGUGAAGAGAUGAGAUGCGGGGCAGUAGAAGUGGAAAAAAAAAUCACCCUUUUAAACCAAAACAAGGAAAUAUAAAGGAAAAAACAUAAUGUUUCAUGGUUAAAUAUCGUACAUGAACUGUGUCACUUAAAUUACGUAUUCCCGUUGUAAUUUUUCCAACUCUGCUGAACUGAGGUACUUAUAUUUGGUUACAGUGGCAAACAGUGUCCCAAAUAUCUGUUUGGAUCCCAAGGACCGAGAGUAUACGUCACAGCAAAAAAAAGCUUCUGAAGUAUGAAAGUGUUUGGGAAAACAAAAACAGUAAAUCUCUUACUGACUCAGGAACAAUAUAUUCUAACCUUCAAAUCUGUCCAAAUCUGAAUAGAAAAGAAAAAAAAAGUCUUGAUUACUGCUCCUCGCGUCUCCACGUCUUUCUCCAUUGUGGUAUUUUUUAUAUAUCAAAUGUACAUUUUUUGAUGUUCAAGCUUUUCACUCCUGUUAGAUUUGUAUUGCCUUGUUAAAUGUUCAUAUAAUCGUAGUCUUACGUGACCAACGGCGUCCUCUCCUUCUUAUAGUUUCUUCCUCCUUGUUUUUCUGCUCUAAUGAAAGCCAGCUGUGGCCCCUCGGAGGAAUCGAGCCCUCUCGGAACAACGGCAGUCAUGUUCAUUCCCUUUAGCCCUGUGACGUUAGCAAGAGGCGGCUGCUCGCAGAUUGUUUGGUUUUUAGUGUGAGUAUUUGUAUUCGUUUCUUGUACAAGGUGAACAUAUAGCAUACAGUGCAGCUGGAACCAAUAAAUAAAACUUACUGUUCUGACUAA